CUAUGGGGCACCCCAUAGCUCUGUAACCCCACAGGGAUGAUGGAGGUGCUCCCAGACCGCUGCGUCCCCAUUGCCAAGCGGGAGCUGCUCUACAUGGGCGCCGUGGGUGUCGUGUGCUGGCUCGGGGGCAUCAUCUUCAUCGACCGCAAACGGACCCACGACGCCAUCAGCGUCAUGGCCGAGGCUGCACACACCAUGCUGAGCCAGGACGUUCGGGUGUGGGUCUUUCCCGAGGGCACUCGUAACCACAGUGGCUCCAUGCUGCCCUUCAAGCGCGGCGCCUUCCACCUGGCAGUGCAGGCCCAGGUCCCCGUUGUCCCCAUCGUCAUCUCGUCCUACCAGCACUUCUACAGCAAACGGGAGCGCAGGUUCACGGCCGAAUUUGGGGGAAAAACCAUCGAGAAUGACCGAAAUCCCAAAAAUCCCUCCUCGAAUUUCGAACCUAAACCCCACCAGCAGUGUCGGAAAUCGCAAAAAAAAUCCGAAUUUAGGGAUAAAACCAUCGAGAACGCCCGAAAUUCUCAAAAAAACCUCAUCGAAUUUGAGGUUAAAAACCACCAGAAGUGUCGGAAAUCCCAAAAAACUCUCAGAAUUUAG